AGUCAACUAGUAGUGGACUGGCUGGAGAAAAUAGCGGCCGACCAGCUGGAGAGCAGUGCCGCGCCUCGGUUGGGUCACUUCAUGGACAAAACGGUGGCGUGGGAGAACACGCUGCAUCAGUUGCAAAGCGAGCACAACAUUGCCUACUCCAGCAGUCGUCACAUUGUGGCCAGUCUAGAGCCAGAUGCACAACUCAGGCGAAUCGGCCGCUGCAUGAUCUCGAUAUGGAACAUCCCAUACGGAACAUAUCUGCAAGAUGUCAUCUUCUGCAGUAGCAGCUGGGAGGAUCUGCUCUGGUCGUACACGCGGGUCAUGAUAGACGUGCGCGUCGAACAGGAGAUACGCGCCUACUGCCAGCGACGCGAUCGGCCCUAUGUCGAGAUGCCUGAAGCUUACUGGAAUAACAGAUUGAGUAUGGAAGAGAUAUUCAGUUUUCUGGAGGCGAGCAGCGAUGCAAAGGUGAGCGAUGAAUCAGCCAGACCUGAGAGAGUUGUACAGAAACUACUCAUUCUCAACAAAAUCCCAGAACUGCUCAAACUGAUGGCCGAAUGGAUACAGCGUGAAAACUGUACGCCACAUUUUACAAGAAAAUUGAACCUGAAUUCAAAUAUUUGGCACUUGGUUCUGAUUUUGAGGCGAGUUGGAGAAAGCCAAGCCGGAGAUGUUGGAGAUGAAAUACUUAAGGCUUAUGUUAAGGUGCUGGUGGCGAGCGACAGCGACUGCGAAGUGAUCGCCUACUAUGUGGCCACCCUGUUGCCGGACGACCAGGUGCACAUCUACGCCGCCUACCUGGAGUCGGUGGGCGAAGGGGACAGUGAGCAGCGCCUCACCUGUCUCAAGGUGGCCGAAGCUGUCGACCUCCCGGUCGAAGCUAUCACUCAGCAGGUCGUGCUCAAUAUCAGGGACAAAGUGUCUGAUGACAACGUGAACGUAAAGCUGUUGGCCGAAACGACGGCGGAUGACCUUGAGAAGGUGAGUGCCCUGGACUGGGUGGUGUUCUACCCGCAGCAGAGGGCCGAAGCUCUGUGGCAGACCAAUGCGCUCAUCAGGAGUUUCCUGGAAGGGCAAACUGGAAGCUGCGCGGCUCGCCUUUCAAAAGGUAUUAUUAGUAUUUUACUGAAGAUCCCGGUGGACUCGCUGGAGCUGAUAGCGACCCAGAAUCAGCUGGAGCCAGGCAUGCAGGCUGAUGAGUUCUUCAUCAACAGUCUACCAGUGAGGGUGUCGGCAGCUGUUAGAGAGUACCUCUGUCAUAAGGCUUACCUAGACGCGCAAGGUUUCGCCGACUGGUUUGAGCAUCACAACGCCAGACCCGCCAAGCCGGCCAAACUGGGAGACUCCGCCUCAUUCACCGAGAAAGUGGCGCACGAUCACAAGAUGGCGCUCUACAACAAGGAGAUGCAGCGCUGGAAGAGGGCCGUCGCGCACCAGACUAAGUGCAUGAAAGCCCAACUGUAUAAUGACAUAAUACAGGGUGUCCCAAAUGAAAGUGCCAACUUCGUGAAUAAGUUUCUAUGGGCCAAAAAUAAAGAGAAAU